AUGGCAGACGUUGAAAUGAAAGAUUCUGCGCGUGGUGCUUCUGGGAAAUCGAAAGCUGUCGCUCGAGGAGGAAAAUCAGCUCUUGGGGAUGCCAAAGGAGAUGCAAAGAAACGUUUUGAAGUGAAAAAAUGGAAUGCAGUUGCGCUGUGGGCGUGGGAUAUCGUCGUGGAUAACUGUGCCAUUUGCAGAAACCAUAUCAUGGAUCUAUGGUAUCGAAUGUCAGGCAAACCCAAGGCUCGGUCUACGACUGAAGAAUGCACAGUUGCUUGGGGGAUUGACGUGCAUGACAGCUUCCACUGCAUCUCCAGAUGGUUGAGAACUCGACUAGUAUGCCCGUUGGACAACAGAGACUGGGAGUUUCAGAAAUACGGACGAUAG